CUGGAAAAUGAGGUCAUCAAUCUGCGCCAGAGAAGUUUUCCUUGGUCAUUGUUCUAUAGGUCUCGCGCGAUCUUACUGCUGCAUCUUUGUGCUGUGAAACUACCGGAGUGAAUACAGCACAGUGCGAAUUUUAUAGCGUUGUCCGGGAAAAUGGAGACUCCUGGGGAAACCCUGAACAGUUCGGAUAAAGCUUAUGCCUCGAAACGACGGGCAGAAAUACGAAGACGAAAACUGCUGAUGAAUUCCGAAAACAGAAUGAACAGGAUUAUGGGGUUUAGUAGCGGCAGCAAGGACGACGGGGAUGCAGACGUUAAGGGCCAUGUGAUGGAACACAUGAUGCACAUUGAUCUGGACAAAACAGACGCCUGGUCCUCAGCCAUUUCCUCGACAAGGCCGGCAUCAUUCUCCAGUGAACUUGGAGGCAGCCGCCAUAGCGAGGGCUUGGAGAGCAAGUGCUCUCUACCUACCCCCGAUAUUAGGGACAUGCUGGGGGGCAGCGGAGAAGAGGAAAGCCCAGGGGAGCCCCGGCAGCGAGUGCGAGGGGAUCUGGCUGGCGAGGGGCUCCCACACUCCCCCCGCCGCGGCCUGCAGCAGUAUCUGUCGCGUUUUGAUGAGGCCAUGAGGCUCCGUGAUCAGCUGGCCAGUGAGAAGCCGGCCCAGGAUGGUGCUUCGGGUCCCGAGGAGCUGGAAGCCUUUCGUAUCUUCCGGCUUGUUGGGAGUGUUGUUCUAGCUAUUGCCGUCAGGGUAUUCAUCUGCAAGUACUUGUCCAUAUUUGCUCCGUUUCUUACACUGCAGCUUGCUUACAUGGGUUUGUGCAAAUAUUUCCCAAAGGGUGAGAAGAAGAUGAAGACCACGGUGUUGACCGCUGCCCUGCUCCUGUCGGGAAUCCCUGCUGAAGUCAUCAACCGCUCCAUGGACACUUACAGGAAGAUGGGCGACGUCUUCACAGACCUCUGCGUCUAUUUCUUCACUUUCAUUGUGUGUCACGAGCUUCUCGUUCUCUUCGGCUCUGAAGCGCCCUGAUGGCUGCUCCUCCGCUUUUUCCCCAGCUUCUGGGUUUUGCUAAGUGUUGUGGUCUCCCUUUUCCAUAUUCCGGACUGUCUCCACUCUUCUCGUUUGCCUGGGCGUCUACCCACCACUGCUGAUAAUUUCACAUUUAUAUAAAACGCCUGCUAGUUAAUUUCAGUUGAUGGUUUGUAUGACUUGAUAGUUGAUGAAUGGACCCAAGUAUUUAACUGAAAUAAAAUUGUGUUUCUGUAGACUUAUUCUGUGAUGGGACUGGAGAUGUUUUUGACCGCACACAGCUCGACUACCUUAUAUAAGCUUGUUUAAGUUCUCUCUGAGCUAAAAAUGUAUUGUAACACAUCCUGUUGAGUGUCCUGCACAGAAAACAUCACUUUUUAAGGUAUGCUGCUGUUUUCAUUUUCUUUCUUUAGAGUGUUCUGUGAUAUUAAUAACUUGGUCGAUGGUUGUGUUCUCUGUAUGGCUUAUGUUGUCUGAUAGUUAUACAAUCCAUAAUUGAUAUUAUCUCUCCAUGGGCCAGCUAGUUACUGAUUUGUCAAUACUAUACAGUAUUGUGUGUGUUGUACGUUAUAAAACAUCUAAAUUAUUUAAUUUUAUGUAAAAAAUGUUUUGAGUAAUUAAAGUUGAGUUUGUUUUCUUUUUAGAAAUCGUUUUUAAUAUAAUUUGUGUUUUCUUUGUAAUUACUGCUAGCUGAUGGGAAAAUAUUAAUAUAUAACAAUAUAACACAUAAACUUGGUAAGUUUCCUUUUCACCUGUGUUUCUGUUUUUAGUUUCAGUUUUUAGUCUGGAGCCCCUUUAGGUGUGAUGGUAAAAAAAAAUAAUAUCCCAUAGUAAUUCAUGCACUCCAGUUACUAAUUCAUGAGCUUGAGUUAGUAAUUCAUUCCCUCAAAUUAAUCACCAAUCGGAGAACACAAAUUAGUGACUUUAGAGUGCAAGUUAGUAACUUGAGCGCACAAAUUACUAAGAGAUAUUUUAAAGUUAAAAUUCCCCUGCAUUGUAAAAUGUUACUGUAAUCUGCUUGACAUACUGCUGUGCAGACACUUCUGGGAACCUGAAUGGGCUGGGCACGUUCACUGGGGUACAUAAGUGAUGAUAAAUAAAAACCUCUCUCUGUG